CCCAUGCCCUCCUACCCCUACCUUUGCUUUUACCUCAAUACAAUACAAUACAAUGUCUCCAAGCCUUAAAUUCUUUCUCCUCCUCCUUCUCCUCCUCUCCAUCUCCGUUCCUUUCUCUUCGGGCAUGGUUGAAUCGGUUCGAGACGUCAAGGUUGCAGAUAAGGCGAUUUACAUGGUUGGUGGGGUCGGAAUGAAUGGAAGGAAGCUUAUGAGACUCGACAUAGAGGACUACGAUGAUACGAAAGCGAAUAAUAGGCACGAUCCGAAGAAGCCCGGAAAUGGAAAGCCUUAAAAGAGGGUCUGUCUUUGGUGCUUAUGGUUUAAAUAACAUAUGCUAUUGGGUUUGUGGUUAUGUUUGAGCAGCUCUUGUUUCGUGUAAGAUAUGGAUGAGAUUUGAUGAAGUUUUAAGCUCAAAUGCUUCA